GUGUGGGGGCUCCUCACGUAUGCACAUUGAUUUUAAUGGGAGCCUCCAACAAAAACAGUUAUUCGGACCGAGAAAAUGUCAAUUUUCCCAUUAAUUUGAGCGAAGAUGAAAGAUUUGUAUUUCAAGAUAUUGAUAGCGAUGGACUAGAAAAAAAAAAAAAAAAAGAGUUAAAAAAAAAAAACGCCAUAGCAUUGGGACGUAUUCCGAUGUUUUUAAACACAUUUACUAGGAUAAUUCUGGGAAAUCCCUUAUCUUUCUAUUGUGUUGCGAGUGUUUUAGUGAGUUUAAUGUUACCUGAUAGUCGGAGGGGAUUGUCCACGGGUGUCUUGACGCCAUGUCUCACGGGUGUCGACGGCAGCUGUACGGACGACACAAUUUCAGCUGAUGUCCGCUCGUCGCAGUAAGCAAGGGAACGAAAACGAACGCAGGAGUUCAAUGAAUGAAAAGGGGGUGGAGCCCACAUGGAAGGCGGAGCUGACAGGUGUGCCUUUAAAGCUUGGCGUGGCCCCGCCUCUCCUGCCUGUGCUGUCACCAGAGCAGAGAGAAAAUGAUGGAACUGAGGCCAAAGAGCGAACAACACAACAAAGCUUUCGCGGCUGAGGAGGAGGUGUACAUCGACGUGGAUUCAGAAGUUUCAGAAGAUGUUGAAAAAACGACAUACAGACACAAAUACAGUUUUCUGCUGCUACAGAAAAUGGAGUCCUUCGAAAGAUUUUUAGGACAACACAGAGAGACAUUCCUGCUGGUUAUGAAGAUAUUCAUAGCAACAUCCUGGGUUGCCACAGUGAUUGCAGCUUGCGUGCUGAACUUCCAUCGGGCCAUGGUCCUGUUGGUCCUCACCUUGGUGGUUCUCUUCUUCCUGUUUUGGGAUUGGAUGAUUGGGCGCUAUGGCGACUGGGCGAUGGAGGCACUUCUUCCUGUCAGAGAGCUCGUCAGCAGACACAGGAUCCGAUGGGUGAUGCACGCGUGUGUGGCGGUGGCCAUGGCGUGUUGGCUGGCAGUGGACACGGCCAAGCGAGGACCGAGACACCUUGUGUCCUUUUUGGGGUUGCUGGUCCUCAUCUUGAUCAUGUUGGUCUUCUCCAAGCAUCCGUUCAGGUGGUCCUGGCAAGCGUUGUUUUGUGGACUUGGACUACAGUUUGUCUUUGGACUGCUCAUUCUAAGGACCUCGCUGGGGUUAAAAGCAUUGGAAUGGCUCGGCAAACAUGUAGAAAUUUUCAUGUCCUACUCAGACGUUGGAGCUCGCUUCAUCUUUGGAGAAAGUUACCAGGACCACUUCUUUAUUUUCAAAGUAAUGCCUGUGCUUAUUUUCCUGAGCUCUGUCAUCUCCAUGCUCUACCACCUGGGCUUCAUGCAGUGGUUGGUUUGCAAGAUUGGAUUCUUAAUGCAGGUUACCAUGGGAACAUCGCCAGCGGAAUCAAUGGCUGCAGCUGGAAACAUUUUCUUGGGCCAGACUGAAACUCCUCUUUUAAUCCGGCCGUACGUCGCUGAGCUCACGCUCUCCGAGAUCCACGCCAUACUGACGACAGGCUUUGCCAGCAUAGCCGGCACCAUUUUGGCGGUCUACAUCUCCUUUGGGGUGGAAGCGACACACCUGUUGACCGCGUCAUUGAUGUCAGCCCCGGCCUCGCUGGCCAUCUCCAAAGUGUUCUGGCCUGAAACCGAGACCCCCAGCCUGAACUCGAGUCGCGACAUCAACAUCGAAGAGGGGAGCACUAACCUCCUGGAGGCUGCCUCCCGUGGAGCCACCUUCGCUGUGGGCCUGGUGGUCAACGUGGUGGUCCACCUCCUGGUCUUCCUCGCACUGCUGGCCUUUGCUGACGCCGCCCUCUCCUGGCUGGGAGCCAUGUUUGACUACCCGCAGCUCAGCUUCUCGCUCCUCUGCUCUUACGUCUUCAUGCCUCUGUCCUUCCUCAUGGGCGUUUCCUGGGAGGACAGCUUCAUCGUGGCUGAGCUGAUCGGCACUAAGACCUUCCUGAACGAGUUUGUGGCCUACCAGAAGUUGUCCGUGCUCAUUAAUAAGCGGAAGGCCGGGGGCCCGGAGUAUGUGAACAACGUGAAGCAGUAUAUUUCCGUUCACUCUGAAACCAUCGCCACAUACGCUCUGUGCGGCUUCUCCAACAUCGCCUCUCUGGGAUCGUCGAUCGCUGCUUUGUCGUCAAUGGCUCCAGCGAGGCAAAAUGACAUCUCCACUUGUGGCGUGCGAGCUCUGAUUGCAGGCAGCGUUUCCUGUUUCACGACGGCUUGUGUCGCAGGUGUGUUGUACAUCCCCAAACUGGACUGCCCGCACUUCCUCGGCCGGGUGUUCAACAGUACUAACGUGACACUCAGUAUUCAACUACUCAGCUGUUGCACACAACUCUACAACAGCAUGACACUACAUGAGCCAUGGAACUUUACUUUGAAGGAGGAGUUCCCCGUGAGCAGUUUGCAAGGGUGCUGCACAGUUUCACCAUCCGUACACAUCAACUGCAGCUGGCUGCUUUGACAAAUUUUUUAUCACACACUUGAGAUUCUACUCUCACGCAAAAUAGUUA